UGGCGCGGUAAGCAGAGAACGAUGAAGACGAUGGUUUCAAUGAGUUUGUAUAAUCUUCGUAGCGAAAUGAUGUGUGCAGCGCCCUAUGAAUCUGACAAUGUUGCCAAACACAUGUCGUUCAUGCCACUUUUCCUCGGUGUAUGGAGAUGUGAAGUUGGAAAAGUAAAGGAAUACAUGUAAUUCUCUUUUCUGGAGUGCCGAUGCGGGGUGGAAACGAUCCUGUGCUCGUAGUCGUGUACUGGAGGUGUUGGAGCAUUUUCACAUCGUGAACUGUCGCCAUGGCUGCUACGUUCAUGCAGAUGGAUGCCGCUGGCUAUGAGAUUGCAUACAAGCAUUUCAUUUCGCAGCUUGUAGCAUUUCAUGAGUCCCGAAGCGGACCCUUCAAAGGCCGUCCUCCGUUGCUGGCUGGUCGAGCAAUUGAUCUUUAUUAUUUAUACCAAAAGGUCAUUUCAAUGGGUGGAUUCGCUACAGUGAAUACAAAGAACCGGUGGCCUGAAGUGAUCCGUUGCUUUGAUCUGCCGAGCAGCUGUACCAAUGCCAUGUAUGCUGUACGCCAGUACUACUCAAGAUUUCUGGAGAGCUACGAACGUGUUAACUUCCUUGGCGAGGAUGACCGCGAUCUGUGGCCGGUGGACGAGGGGCCGAGCAGUCAUUCCGGACACGGCGACGACCAGUCAGUCAGACACAACAUACGUGCCUCUCUCGCUGAACGGCGCUCAUCGGCAGCUGCUGCUGCUGCCACCCUCUCACGAACUCCCGCUGCAUCCGUAGGCACAGCGUCGAAUUUUGGUUCCAGUACUGUUGAGUUGCGUCACUUGCGACUGUCACUGCGCUGUGGCUUUGCCAACGAAGCGCAGCUUGCUCUGAAUGCCUGUCUGAUCAUGUCUCACAAGAGUCCGGACAAGCUGGCGUUCUCGAGAAUGCCCGAGCUGGUCAUGUACCUGCUUGCUCAUGCUGGGUUUUACCAUGAGGAUAUUAUGCCAGAGGUGAAGGAAAGGUGGAAUGAGGAGCACUGUCGGCGGCUUUCGGCCUUCUGGCAAAACACCGUCGACAGUGUGGCUCAGCCUCUGCUUGCACCCACCCAUUGCUUUCGAUCGGCCUCGUUCCCAGACAGCCUCGGAUACAGUGGACGCCAUGACUGGGCAGUGCGGCAGGUUGAACUGGUAGCUACACUGCUGCGCAACUGUGCAGACCACGAGCCCAACGCACGUUGCCUGGUGAGCAGUGAACUGUUCAGCUGCUUCUCCGCGGCCAUGCUGUGUUGUGCUGCCCCACAGGUCCGCCAUAUCGGUGAAGAGCUGGCAGUGGUGUGCGGAGAGUAUUUCCUACUGGACAUGGGGAUUCCCCAGCUGAUGUCACCCACGAGACAACACGAAUCAAUGCUGAUGGCACAACCGCAUCGACUAGCCAGCAGGCGCCAUGCGUGGCAGUCGAUUGUCUUCGACAUGGUGAUGUCGUGUGAUCGGAUGUCAGUUGUGAGAGGCCUGCAGCUUAUCUCGAGCCUGUGCAAGGCAAACGACGAUGCAAGCAUGGCCGCUCAGCUGCCUGCACCGUGCCUGCGGCAAGUGUAUGCCUUGCUAUCUGCGCUGGAUGUGCAGCUUCUGCUGUCAGCGUUGGAAGCACUGCUGAGUCUUGCAUCGCAAGGCACGUUUUGUGCCAGGGUGCUAUGCUCUCGACCCGGUGGCAUACGUCAGCUCGUGUCACUUCUCACGCUAGAUGUCGAACAGUCCAUGCCGAAGUCGGCCUUGGACGGAAUAGUUCUGGUCGGUGAGGAAGUGGAUCGUCCACUGCUGCAGCGAACAGACGGCGAAGGCAUAGCCAAGGCAUGGCUCUUGGCUUUCUAUGAAACGCGCAUAGAGUCUGUGUGCAGUCGUAACCAGGUUUACAAUGAGUAUGCUAUGCACUGUGCUGUGAAGGUACAGCCGUCGGUGGCCUUGUUGCAGCCCUCACAGUUCUGGCUCUGCAUGGCAGCCGUGUACCCACGCCUGCAGGGCAUGGGCUUGACGCUUCCUGGUAGUACAGCUAUCGCGGACAUGCACCUGCGGGGACUGCGCCAACGAGCUUCUCCGUUGACAUUGCGCUUUGCCCCGCCGGCACCUGGUGUUCAUGUGAUGUCCUCGAUAGUUAUACAACCUCGGCCAGCACAGAGCACUGCUACAAGAGCAUCGGGCAGUGUGGCGCUGCAAGCACCAGCCAGGGUCACCGCCACGUUGGGUGCUGCAAGCGCCAGCGCAACAUCUGCAUCGUCAACCAGGCCUGUCUGUUCACAGGCUGCUAGCGCUGGUCCACGUUCCACCAGUCAGUCUGCAGCCAUCACUAGCGCUGCUCAGUCCUUGGCACUAGCCACAAGACCUGCUAUUCUGGCACCAGCACGGCCGCACAGUACAACUGCUGUGCGAGCAUCCACACUUGCAGCAAAGUCCCUGACAGCAAUGGGCAUUGCAAAGUCUCUAACGCCGAAUAAGGGGGCAUCUCUGUCCGCAAACCGCCUGCCUGGCUCUUCACCCUCGGGCAAUACUGCUGCAACGAAUAAACGUACUCAGCCAGUGAGUUCUGGUACGGGAGCUAAUGCUACCACUGUCAAAUCCCCCGUUGCAUCUUCAUCAGCACCGCCAGCGAAUGCCAUAGCUACCGCCACACUGGCUCAGCUGUAUCAACAACGGCAGCAAGAGCGCUUGAAGAAGGCCAGCACAGCAACAUUGCCUAGUCAGCCGAAUGUCACCACCCAAGUACCUGUUAACAGCCAUGUUGCCGCUCUGGCCGCCACCACUACACCUACUGCACGUCCAGUGAGUGCGGCAGCAGCAGCACCGUCUGCUACAGCCACUGUCACACAGACUACAGGGCAGGUAACACAGGCAGCUGUGACUGUGUGCGACCGUACCACCACACAGAGCAGCGUGCCAGCAGCUGUUCAAUCUACCAAGACUGCCAUUACCACCGCGGUGUGUGCCACAACUUCUACUCCAGGCGCAUUGCCCAGCACUGCAACUGGUGUGCGUUGCAAUGGACAGAGUGCAGCUACUAGUAGUUCUGUUUUUCAUGCAACUGCACCUUCAUCAACACCCAAGGCAAUAGUCGUUUCUCCGGCGGUCACAGCUGUGGUGGAGCCAGCAGCUGCAGCACCACUAGUACCCACUUCUUCUGUGUCAGCCACUGCUGGUGAUGCUGGAAUAACAACUUCUCCUGUGCCAGCCACUGCUGCUGAUGCUGGAAUAACAACUUCUCCUGUGCCAGCCACUGCUGCUGAUGUAACAACUUCUGUGUCAGCCACUGCUGCUCCUGCUGCAGUAACAACUUCUCCUGCAUCAUCUGGUGUUGGUAUAAUAACCAAUGCUGCUGCCGUAACAACGUCUCCUGUGCCAGCCACUGUCGUGUCCUCGUUGGCUUCUACGUCAUCAACACCAUCCUCUGCAGGUGUGUUGGUGAUUGCCUCGCCGUCGUCAAUAGUAGCAGUAGCUUCAUCGUCAUCAACCACCGCGGGCCAGACAACAGUAGCAGGCACAAUGACAUCUGUAGCUAAACUGGUGACGCACACAACAGCCACCACUACUGACGGCAGGGAUGUGCCGGAGAGCGGAAUUGCUAGCGCACCAGGGUCUUCCUCUGCUACACAAGCAGUAGCACCACUCGUCUCUAACAGUAACACUCUCUGCACGUCACCUGAAACUGCUGUGUCAGAUAGUUCUCCACGCUCAGCACCCUUAUCAUCCGAGGUUUCCACCAGCACAGCUUGCCCAGCAUCCAAAGACACUGGGCCCUGCAUCAGUCCGGAUACAACUGCUUGCUCCAGUGAUGUGCCAGCAGUGUGCAGGGGUCCGCCAGCAAUAUCCAGCGAUGCACGGACAGUAGCAGUUUCACCGCCGGCGGUAACGUUUGCAAUGCCAACAGCUGCUGCAACGGCUGCUAGUGGAGAACUGAGUUCCAGCAGUCCCCCUGUGCCAUCCAGUAAUAGUGAAAGAGCUUCCAGAGAGACGACACCAGUAAGUGCUGUCUCUGCCACUGCCACACCACCACCCCUGAGCAGCGAGUCGCCAGGCAUUUCGAGUACAGCAGUGACUCCACCGGCCCAAGCUAUGCUGCAACAGCUUGGCUUGGUGGACAGUCGUGAGCCUGGCAAUGGCACUUGCGCCAUCACUGCUACCAAGCGCCCGCAUGAUAGUAGCGAAACGUCUGAUAGUGUAGCAAAAAGGGCAUGCUCAAACCCUCCACCUGUGCUCUCAGCAUUGACACCAGGCACUGCUGCUGAUCCAAUCUCGACGCCGAGGUCUUUAGCGGAGAAGGUUGAUUCUGCAGGUCAGAACGGACGCCAUUUCGAAUCCAGCCAUGCCCGUUGCACCACAGCACCUAGCCAGGAUGCGUCCAGUGGUGUGAAGCUUGUCAACGGCCAUAGCUCAACCCUAUCCAAUGGCAGCAGUGGCAGCUCAGCAUCCACUAGCCCGCUAUCAUCACAAACUCAAACAGCAGAACCGACCAAGAAACUAACCAAAGUGAAUGGACUCUGUGAGAUAACAGAGGAGGUGCGCGCCAAGACAAUUCUGCUGGCAUCCAACUUGCCCGCAGCAGCUGCAGACUCAAUCCCUAUUGAUCCCCGACCUGCCACUGAAACGAAUGUGCCCAUCUCGCCUGCAGCACCUGGUGGGCUGUCAAGCCAGAAGUCAGAAAGUAGGCAUGUGGAUGCUGCAACCACUGGGAGUAAUGAAGUGCCGAUGGAUUGCGGCAGUAGUGUGUGCCCUACUGCGGAGCCUUCUCCAGAACCUGCAGCGGCACCCAGUGCAGCGGCAACACAGCAGCAGCUAUCAUGUAGCCCUUCUUCACCUAAUGGUCACACUCAUUCAACAGAGGAACAACCAGACGCAGUACCAAUGGACUGUGAGAAUGGUCCUUCCAACUCUGCCACCGUGCUCUCCUCCUCCAGUCCGUCAGACAGCAAGGAGAAACCCACUGACCGUGCCCCUACCACUCAGCUCCUUAGUGAGGAGCUGGCUGGUGCUGCACAGCCUGUAGUACUCGCCUUGCCGAGCACACCGCCAAAGUCGCCCGAAACCAGCGAAAUCACCCCGGAACCAUCGUGGAAGCACCGGUGUCUAAUGACAACAUGCACGUUUGGUUGUGACGACGCUCUGGACCUGCGGCGGCACCUGGUUGCACGGCACAUGUCAGCUGAAAUCAGCUCAUCUGCUGUGUGCCAAUGGCAGGGGUGCACGUCUACCGUUACACGUCCACCAAUCAACCUCAAGUGCCAUACCCUGGAGCACAUACUGUCACUGGAAACCGAACCACGCCGCUUCUCAUCGCCUGGAGUCUCCACAGUCGAGAACAUCCGACUGGAACCUGUGUCGCUACUGACAAGCGAGCCCACCGAGUAUGCUCUCACCGGCACAGUACGUCUUACUGCAGCUCUGGUCCUCCUCAACCUGGUACGCAACUGCUCCUCUGUGCGAGCUCGUCUGCGUCCGUAUGAGCAGAAGUUUGUCAGUUUGGCCGCGGUCGAGUCCGAAGCUUCGCCGACCCUGGCCAAAUGCUUGGCAGAGCUAUGCGACGACUGCUGAUGAACCGGAUAUGUUUUACAAUGCCACUGUUUUUCUCAGCUCCAUCCAACAAUGUGUCGUCGUGUUCUGUUCUUUGAAUUUUAACUUUGCAUGGAAAUGGUUUGAUGCACCAUAUUGACAACAUACCUGGUGUGUGCACACAUACUUCUUGCACUAAAACAGUCGCACACCGGCUGUGUAGCAUACUAAAGCUGUGCUCAUUUCUCACAAUACGUCACUCUCACACGACACACAUGAUCUGAUUUCUGUGAAGCCCUAUCAUAUUGGCAACGCCGAGUUUUGUUAUCUGUAAUACUUCACCCGUGCGCAAGGUGUGGCUACGCGCUGUCCGUGUGUCUGCGUGCAUAUCUUUUCUUUUUAACUGAAAUCCAUCGUGUCCGUGCAGUGCAGUAGUCUGUACAUACUUCUAGGCAUGUACUCAUACCUACCCAAACACAUACAGUGUGACACCAAUGACGUGUGGCAACUGUACUUCCUCUCUACAUGUACUAGUAUUUAACCUCAACAGUAAACUAUUACCACCCUGGUCCAUGA